CUGUCUUUGUCAUGUUUUGCAAUGCAAAUGCAUCCUCAACCCCGGAGAAUGAAUAUUAACCCUCCGACUUCUGCGCGGGUGUGAGGUGGCGUACGUGUGACAUGGAAUCAGAAAAGGGGCUUUAUCAGCGAGGUGGCCUUUGCAUGUUCAGGAAAUGAUAACUGCCCCCAGGACUGUUGACAGCACGCAAAUCUUGGACCAGCGGCAUCAAGUCCUAGUCGUGGAGAGCUACAGAUCGGUUGACCUUAAAAUCUAAUUCAGACCCAGGAAAGCAGACAGAAUGGUCUUGAACCAGAGCGAACGCUGCAAUCUAACCAUAACGGAGGAGGUGAGGGUCUUUGAGAAGGUGGCCUACAUCCCCGUCUUCGCGCUUGGCCUCCUGCUCAACUCCGCGGCCUUGUGCCUCUUCCUGGUCCGGAGACGCAGCUGGACGGAGACGCACGUCUACAUGGUGAACCUGGUGCUGGCCGACUUGGCCCUCAUCCUCCCGCUCCCCUUCAGGAUAUACAGCGUCUUCCACCGCUCGGAGGUGUGGGACUUCUGCCCGUUACUGAUCGCCGUCCACUACGUCAACAUGUACGCCAGCAUCCUCACGCUCACCGCCAUCAGUGUGCACCGCUUCGCCGUGGUGAGGUUCCCCUUCAGCGCCAGGGCGGGCCGCUGGCGGAAACAGACGGCCGCCGUGUUAUGCGUCCUCAUUUGGGUGGCGGUCGCGGCCAUAUGCGCCAAAUUAAGCCAGGCGCACACGAGAGACAAGUUACAGACGUGCUUCGACAGAGUUGCGGAGCCGCUGCCACUUUGGAUCGUGUUGGUCGUGUUCGUCGUGGGAUACCUCCUGCCCUGUUGCGUGAUCCUGUUCUGCUCCGGUCAGACGAUCGUUUCCCUGCUCGGCGACAAGGAGGGCAUCACCCAGGAGAAACGGAAAUGUGUCGCCAUCAUAGCGGCGAACCUGGUGGUGUUCGUCGUCUGCUACACCCCGUUCCACGUCAUGGUCCUCGUUAGGUUCGGCGCGGGCAUCCGAAAAUGCGAGACGUAUAACUUGGUGCACAACGUUUUCCACAUUACAAGUUGGAUCGCGACGACGAACUGCUGCUUAGAUUCGAUAGCUUAUUACUUCUUAUUCAAAGAUAUUUUUCACUGAAAUUAACACCUGACCCAGUUCUCUUCACCGUGCCCAUGCUUCAUCUUGUGGCCAUUGCCCACAAACACGGCAUUAGUUUCCAUUGCUAAUACAGGUGAUAUCCGCCCACACACAGUACUGUGCAGAAGUCUUAGGCACCCUAGACUUUAUUAUAUACAUGCAUAUUUUUUUGCGUGUGUUAGUAUAAGAGAACACAUUUGAGAUUUCCAAAUAUUCAUUUUCCAAAAGAUUUAAUUUUACAUUUCAAGACAUUUUUAUAUUUAAUUUUAAAAGUAAGAUAUUACUGUGAACAAUUGACACAUUUUUACAUAAAAACUUGAUCAAGGCUCUCUGAGCAGAAGAACUGUGGCUAGUUCUCCAACAUGUUUGGAACAACCUCCGAUUGUCUUAUAGAACUGCAGGACAGCGUUGGCCAUCUCAGAGAAGCGAUGCAGUUUUAACGCCGAAGGGUGGUCACAAAAAAAUAUCGAUUUGAUUCCGUUUUUUACUAUUCUGCCGAAUUACUAAAAUGUAAUGUAAAAUGUAUAGUACGUUUAUUUAGGACCUUUCAUUGAAUUAUUUUUAUACGGAUGUACGAAACUAUGUGACAAACAAACUGGGGACUGCAGCUAAAACUGAGUUUGAUGUCAUGUUAUAUUUUGAAUAGGAUGCUCUCAAUGUUAAUAUGAGUUUUAUCAUGCAACUAUUUAUUAUAAAAGGGAAAUAUUAUAUAUUCAUAUGAAAAAAUGGUCAAAAGCUGAGCCACAUUGUAUCUCAAUGACGUUAACAACACAGAUCCACUUUAGGUUUUAUUCAAAGUAAAAAACUGUGAAAACACAAUUUAUUCUUUUCUUAUAACAGCCUUUGCAAAUGCACUGCAUGAGUCUGUCUAUCAUUUCAUUAUU